AUCAUCUCACUGCCUGGUUUUACAUGUGAGCACACUUGGACUCAGGGAAGCCAAGAUGUCAGCCGGCAGCUGCACAGCCUCCCGCAGCAGAGUUUUCACUCUGCCCAGCUGCCAUGAAUUCCAGUGAAUUCCGAAGGAGAGGGAAAGAGAUGGUGGAUUACGUGGCUAACUACAUGGAAGGCAUCGAGAGUCGCCAGGUCUACCCCGAUGUGGAGCCUGGCUACCUGCGGCCCCUUAUCCCUGCCGCCGCCCCCCAGGAGCCGGACACGUUUGAGGACAUCAUCAGUGACGUGGAGAAGAUAAUCAUGCCGGGGGUGACCCACUGGCACAGCCCCUACUUCUUCGCCUACUUCCCCACGGCCAGCUCGUACCCAGCCAUGCUCGCAGACAUGCUGUGUGGGGCCAUCGGCUGCAUCGGCUUCUCCUGGGCGGCGAGCCCGGCGUGCACGGAACUGGAGUCGGUGAUGAUGGACUGGCUGGGGAAGAUGCUGGAGCUGCCGGAGGCGUUUCUGGCUGGGAACACGGGAAAAGGGGGCGGCGUGAUCCAGGGAAGUGCCAGUGAAGCCACCCUGGUUGCCCUGCUGGCUGCUCGAACCAAAGUGACCCGCCGGCUGCAGGCGGCCUCCCCGGAGCUGACGCCGGGCGCCAUCAUGGAGAAGCUGGUGGCCUACACAUCCGAUCAGGCACACUCCUCGGUGGAGAGAGCUGGGUUAAUUGGUGGAGUGAAAUUAAAAGCCAUCCCUUCAGAUGACAACUUUGCCAUGCGUGCUUCUGCCCUGCAGGAGGCUGUGGAGAGAGACAAGGCGGCUGGCCUGAUUCCAUUCUUUGUGGUUGCUACGCUGGGGACCACAUCCUGCUGCUCCUUUGACAACCUCUUAGAAGUAGGCCCUCUCUGCAACAAGGAGGACAUGUGGCUGCACAUCGACGCUGCCUACGCGGGCAGCGCCUUCAUCUGCCCUGAGUUCCGGCAUCUUCUGAAUGGAGUGGAGUUUGCAGAUUCUUUCAACUUCAAUCCCCACAAAUGGCUUUUGGUGAAUUUUGACUGCUCUGCCAUGUGGGUGAAAAAGAGAACAGACUUAACAGGAGCCUUUAAACUGGACCCUGUUUACCUGAAGCACAGCCACGAGGACUCGGGGCUUAUCACUGACUACAGGCACUGGCAGUUACCCCUGGGUCGAAGAUUUCGCUCUUUGAAAAUGUGGUUUGUUUUUAGGAUGUAUGGAGUGAAAGGACUGCAGGCUUAUAUCCGCAAGCAUGUCCAGCUGUCUCACGAGUUUGAGUCAUUGGUGCGCCAGGAUCCUCGCUUUGAAAUCUGUGCCCAGGUCAUUCUGGGGCUUGUCUGUUUUCGGCUAAAGGGCUCCAACAAAUUGAACGAAGCUCUUCUGCAAAGAAUAAACAGUGCCAAAAAAAUCCACUUGGUCCCAUGUCACCUCAGAGACAAGUUUGUCCUGCGUUUUGCCAUCUGCUCUCGCACGGUGGAGUCGGCCCACGUGCGGCUCGCCUGGGAGCACAUCACGGAGCUGGCGGCGGCCGUGCUGAGCGCUGAGCGGGAGUAGGAGAGGGCCAGCCGCAGAGAUCAAGAGUUGAAAAGAAGUAUAUCUGAAAACUGGAACGAGAAGAAAAUAAAUGUCAUUGUGGCUCCUGUGUGUGGCUCACGUGUCUUUCUCCAAAGUCACUAGAGGCUUGUGGUUAUGUCUGUUCAGUGUCUCGCCAAUGAAGAAAUAUGAUUUGCUAUAUGAAAAGUCAAUCCCAGUGGCUAUAGCUUUGAUUUAUUAUUUGUGAUUUUUGUUGAUUAAAAAAUCAUAGGUUUGCAUGUUCUUGAAGCCGUCUGAGGUGGCAGGAAAGGCCUAUUGAAUUACUUUCCAGGGCAGUCUAUGAUCAUGUGACCUGAGAGUCUAUCUGUAGUCCUUAAGUUGUCUUUCGUCCUGUGGAUAAAUGCUUAAUAAACAAUUGAAGUGCAAUGCUA